UCACCCACGACGCCGUGCGGCAGGAUGGGCUCUAAGUUGGUAUUGACUAGUCCUCCCCGGCCAAAUCGAGCUGAUAUAGUAGGCGCACCUCUGACCCUCAUUGCGAUAGUUGUCGGGCUGCCUCGUGGGACUACCCCCCCACCAAUUUGUGCCUACAUAAUGCACACACACGAGACGCAUCACAGGCAGGGAGGAUGCACAUGAUGUCCUGGUCAAUUUGGACGCAGUCGCAGUCAGCUACGAACCGAAAAACCAUGGCGCAGCCUUUCCUUUUGGAUUGCUCGCAAAUGUCCAGCAGCUGUGGUUAAGGCGUUGAGUGGCAGGGUCGCAUUUCUGUGAGCCAUACGACACGAGCCGGCAAUUCACAUAGAAAUGCAGCAAUAUAUAGCGCCUAUGCAUCCCUCUGUGUGAUUUCUGCAUCGCCUAUGCAAACCUCUCUCAUGACGAUGCCGAUGAGAAAAAUGAUGUCUUUUUUCCUGCCGCCAACAUCUCGCGUAGUAUUGAACAUUGACUCCAAAUCAGCCUACGACACAACGGUCAGCAAGGUUUCAGAAAUAACCGUCCCUGCUCGGACCGCUCGUUGGUUCUGCGAGCUUGCCACCCCUCACCCGGCACGUGUCCUGGUGGCCAAAGUAGUCAUCAUGCUCAGGCUGGAUCUCAUACCGGAAAUAGCGGCCUUUUGUGGUAUUGUCGGCCUCCGUGCGGCGGGCGGGAACGAAGCGAGAAACCGUGGGUGGCGCCGGGUGCCUUGAGCCCAAAAAUUCCUCGCAGGAUCUGUAUCCUUAGUAACGAUAGUAAUAACUGAGAGUAGAGUCAGUAAGAACAAACUUGGGAAGUCCAUGUGGGAAUUCUCACGGCGUCAAACGGUCGACUUUCCUUUUUUUUCACUCCGAUUGGGUUAGGCAGAAAAUUCGUCUUUUGGCGACGACACGGCCACCACCGUGGACGCGUGAUGUUUGUGGUGAUGAUACUUUGAUCUCAGGGCUUCAUUCCCUUUUCCAACGAGAUGUGCCGUCCGAGCAGGAGAUCGUCGUUCCCCAGCCCCGCCACCCCAGCCUUCUUCCCCCACAACUCGUCCAUCUCCAACCAUACUGCACCAUGCAU